AUGUCAUUAAAGUUAGUAAAUCUUGUUUUUAAAUUUGGAAGUGUACUAGCACUUACACCUGCCAAAAUAGAAAAAAAUGGACUUGUGUUUCCAUCAAAAACAUAUGCACUACUCUGGAUAAUAUUAUUCACUGCAGGAGUGUCCAUUUCCUGCAUAUAUAGAAAACCUUUUUACGAAGAAAUGUCUUUGGUAGAACUAAUCCUUCAUGUACCUACGGAUGUUGUUUUGUUUAGUCUAAAUAUUUCCAUUAUUACAAUAACAGCAACGAAGAAGCGUCAGUGGCAAAAAUUCAUCAAGAUUUUAAAAGCUCUUAACAUUAAUCAAGAAAACGAGAGAAAAUUGUGGUCUUUAUCUUUUCUUUUAACAACCACUUUAUACGUUUUAAGCAAAAUUUACGAAACUUAUGUUUGGAGUUCAGUGCUGGGGGUUCUACACUACAAAAUGUACGCAGUGGAGUAUUUUCAAUUUUAUGCUCAAUUUAUUGUUUACUAUUUGGUUUAUCUAUUUUUGAAACUCAUACUGAACGGAGUUGAAAACUUGUCCAAAAAUAUUAAACUUUUGAAGUUGCAAUCUAAUCGACUAAAUAGUUUUACUUUGAAGAGUAUAAAAUGGGAAUUUUGUGCAUUGUCAGAAUGUAUAAAUAUUUUCAACGAUAUUUUUGGUUGGUUAAUAUUAUUGUUGAUACUAUUUUGUUUUCUCCAACAAUUGGCACAUUUGCACAGUUUGACCGUCACUAAUAUCGCAGAAAACACCGUCUCAAUUGUCAUAUUCAAAAUAAUGCAUAUUUCCUGGCACAUGGUUGGGACUUUUAUUAGUGUUUUUUUGUGUGAUCUGGUAGAACAAAAAGUUAAAAAUAUUCAAAUGGUAGCGCACCAAAUUGCAACAAAUUGUGUAAAAGAAAAAGAAUACUUUACAGCAGCCAGAUAUUUCAAUGUAAAUAGAAAAACGAUUCUUGGUAUACUCAAUGCUCUUCUUACAUUUUUAAUUGUUGCGAUUCAAUUUGAAAACUCAAGCUUUUCUUGA